AUGGACUCUGUGAGACAGCUUGAAGAGAAGUUGGCAAAGGCAAAAACAAGCUUGAGCGAUUCAUUGCGGAAGAACCUCGAGGCACGAGAACAACUUUCAGCAACGUCCUCAUCGGAGGCAGAGCAUCCCAGAGUCGUCCUGUCGAAGGGCGAUUACAAGAAUUUGGUUGAUCUCUACUUUCACACUCAUACCAGUCGUUUCGACCCAGAAUCGCCUCAUGCGUCUCCUACCCCGACCUUUUUAGAAGACUAUGUCUUCAAGCUAUCUGAGGACUUCGCGGCGCCGCAGGCUUACGCGGAGUUUUAUGAAGAUGAAGCAUACGAAUCGCCGCUAAAGGAAGUAGAGCGGCUGAUUAGAUCCAAGCAAAUCCGAGAGGUCUCUGCUUUCAAGAGCUUCGUCGACCUGCUCCUUGACGACCGAUCUUCGAAUGCCGCCCUUUUCAAGGCCUACAAAAGACUGCCCCAGCCAGGCGUUGCAUUCCUCCCAAAAGGAACAAUCAGGGUGUUCCUGCAACGCAUGUCAACGCCAUGGCAGAAGAGCGAGAAGUCGAUGAUAAGAUAUCUUUCCCUCAUUGACGAUAUGCAAAAGGCCAAUUUACCUAUUUCGCGCGCAGAAUGGGCAUCUGCCAUCUAUCUGGCCGGAAGGUCUUUCAACAAGGUCACCGAUACCGAAAUCAAUGCUGCGAUGCGUCUGUGGAAGCAGAUGGAGCAAGAGGCCGGGGCGAAGGCUCACCACGUCACCUUCAAUAUUCUUUUUGACAUCGCUGUAAGAGCCAACAAGUUUCCAUUGGCCCAGAUGGUCCUCAAAGAGAUGCACGACCGGGGCUUGCACCUCAACAGGCUUGGUCGUGUCAGUGUCAUAUACUAUCAUGGAUUACGAGGUGACGGAGAUGCUGUCCGAAAAGCUUACCGUGAUUUUGUCGAUGCGGGAGAAAUUGUUGAUACCCUCGUACUGAACUGUGUCAUGGCAGCACUUUACAACGCACAGGAGCCUGCAGCCGCGGAGCAGAUUUACGAGCGCAUGAAAAGCUUACAUGUCAACACUCGCCGCGAGACCCGAAGUGAUGGUUCAACGGCAUAUUACCGACAGUAUCCAGGCCCGGGGUCAGAGGUCAUUGACCGCGAGUUGGCGGCUAAUUCAUUGCACCGAACGUUGCUCUUCUCCCGGAGACUCAAAGACAUCCUACCAGAGCACCACAAAGCACUACAGGAGAUCAUACCACUGAGGCCGGAUCACGUCACUUACCGGACGAUGAUAUCCUAUCAUGCCAAUAUGUCUGGCAACCUCAACCGGAUCACGGUAUUGAUCAGUGAGAUGUCCGAGUUGUUCGGUCUACCAUUGCAAAGUAUCCACUAUCAAUUGCUCUUCAAGGGCUUCGCUCUCCAUGGCGCCACCAGAAGCCCCGAUGCGACUUGGAGCUUGAAACGAUUACAGAUGGCCUGGGAUUCUUGUCGGCAAGAGAUCAAGGACGGACAGCUCGCCCGCAGGCGUGCCAGGAUGGCGGCCGAUCUCACGGUUCCUCAAUUGCCAUCAAUCAAAGUCAUCAAUGAAGGGGGUGCUGAAGAAGUACCAGCACGGCCCAACAAUCAAUUCAAGCGACUGAGCGAGUGGGACAACUUUGUAUUGGAUCUAGCGGCCUUCCCGCGAGAACGACGAAAACACAUCGAGCGAAUACACGCCGAGCUAUUUGAUGAAGAGCAGGAAAAGAAAGAGCGUCUUAUUCGAAACCCGUUCUCUCGUCUUCCGGCCAAGGAAGUGCCACCACAGAAGCAGGAACACUACUACCCACUAGGCGAUAUGAAACUGGACGAACAGGAAGGAGAAUAUGUGCUUCCGUCGCCGAUCCUCGCAAUUGACCCGUCGAGUGCCGAAUUUCAGGAUCCAUUCUUCCCGAAUCGCAAUUGUUCCGAGGGAGCGAUUUCCCCAUCUACAUCGGACAAUGUUGAAGCCUCCGCAGACACAGAGCUGCCUGACGACGGCCACCACCCUAUACUGCCAAGAUUUAAUGCAGGACCUUCCGCAGAAGGUCCACCUCCUCCACAGCCAGACCAAGCAAGUGAUGCGAAGCCCGAAGAUGAAGACGAGCGAGACAGCCAACCGAUCCCCAUAAGCUCAAAGUAUCAAGUAGAAGCGACGCGCGCACUCGUCUGCUGGCUUUUACGGGCGUAUGCAAACGCAACGGGCUCACGCUCGCAAGUGGAAGAGAUCUGGAACUCUGUGAGAAAGCUGUGGAGGAGCCGUGACCCGAACGAUCAGGCGUCUGUCAUCCGAGUGUUGAGACGAUGCCUGCGAAAUUGCGAUCGCUAUGGGCCGCCUAUGUAG